AUGCGCACAGGGCUACAGAGAGUGACUGAUGAAAAGUACAUCAAAGAUUUACAAAUAAAAGCUUUUCGCAAAGAAUUUAUUAAUAGGACAGAUAGAAAAUUUCUGUACAAUAAAAUCAAGAGAAUGGUGGAGAUUGAAAUGAAAGCAAAUGAACAUUUGUUUGUAGAAGAACGUCCAACGACAGUAAGACUACAUUUAUUAUUUUUUAUUAAUUAAUAAUUUCUUACACAAUAAUAUUUAUAAUACAGGCCAAAAUUAAAUGUUGA